AUGGACGCGCCAAAUCCUAAGCGACAUUGCCAGGCCCCUUCGGUUACCUCCUCCAUCGAAAAACCUAGCUCCCUCCCUAUUGCUCCAGGUUUCAACCAGAGCAACAUUGAUUUGACUAUCUCCUCUUUCCUUUCGUUGUCGGACUUGCCUUUGUUCUCCUCGCCCUUCUCCAUUGGCUGCUCCUUCGACCGAGUUCUUGAUAAGGUUAUCCCCUCAGUCGCCGGAACCUCCAGUGAUGAUAUUGAUCAGGAUCGCUUCCUGGAUCGUACUCUCCAACUUGCAUCACUGCUUUACAAGUCCACCGAACGCUGCAUCAGGAAGCGCGCCACCCUCCAAAAUUCCAUAUCAUGGCCUCUCCUUCCUGAACUAACGAGUAAGGUCUUUUCAAUGCUUGAUACAAAGUCUCUAAUGCAAGCUUCUGCAAGCUGCACAAUGUUCAACAAGUGUGCCAUGGACCGUGUAUGUUACUCCCACAUCGACUUGACAAUGGCUGAUAAACAUGUUGAUAAUGGAGUUUUGUGUAUUAUGAUCCAUCGGGCUGGAAAAGAACUUAGGUCUCUCAAACUUGGUUGUACUUAUGGCCCAGCUGGAUCUAGCUCUCUGCUUACCAGAUCUUGUCUUGCUCCACUAAAUUUUAAUCAUGGUUUCGCUGGGGGUCUCUUGAGAAGCCUACACCUUUACCAUCUCACAUUUAUGGAUUACAAGUCCUUAUGUGCUUUGUUGCCAGUCUGUUCAAAUCUCACUGAUCUGAAGAUUGUUGGAUUUGUUUCAGGUGACAUAAAUCCACUAGAACUGUUAGCAUCAAUCACGAGAAAUUGUCGCUUGAUAGAGCAGUUGUUUUUAGAGAACUAUAAUUUUGGACGAGGCCCAGAUCCAAAGUUGGUUGAGUGUGUGUUAGAUUGCCCCAACUUAACUUCGCUAACGCUCCAACAAUUUUGGCUAAAUGACGAAAUAGCUCGAGUUAUCUUUAAGAGUUUUCGUCGACUUAAGUACAUUAAUCUAUCGAUAACCACCGGAGUUAGUGGUUGCUUUUUAAGGGAUUUGGGACCUAUCUGCAGAGACAGUCCACUCGAGACUCUAAUAUUGCGCAACUGCUAUUCUCUACAAGAGAGAGAAGUUUUGCUGUUUUUGAAUUCACUACUUGCUGGAGACUUCAAAUCCAUUCGUCAAUUUGACGUAUCAAGCAGCGUCGGUUUAUUGUCUGAUGAAGGCAAGCAAAUUUUUGAGCCAAAAUUUCCUAUUGAGGAGCUGAAGAAACAAAGACCAGGUCUCACAUUUAUGGCAAUUUUUCCAUCUCCAACUCCAUCUUCUUCAUCAUCAUCAUCAUCAUCAUCAUCAUCAUCGUCAUCAUCAUCAUCAUCAAGCUCAGGAGACUCUUCCGGGAGUUCUUAUUAUAGCAGCGAUGAUGAAGAGUAG